UGUAAACCUACCUCUUGCGCAAUCGAGAGCUGCUAGCCAACAAGUCGACAGGCAAAGGAUCAGAGCGUCUGAGUUAGAAGUKAUACUAAAAGAACACUCACUGGCAUUUGAAUGGUUUUCKUGGAGAMUCAAGGAAGGAACACGCGCUAAUGGGGUGUAGCGAGUCGAUCCAGAGCGGAGCUUACAUCAAUGUUCACUUGCGCAAAGCCACUGUCCGUGACUGGGACAUAGAAGCAGGGAGAAUUCACAGAGCUGUCAAGUCAUUUAGAGUAAACGGGGAGGACAUAAUUACACUGCUAGCCCACUACAAGAACAGGGGAAGGCAAAGGAUAAGAGCUUCUUACAAGAAAGUAUAUGAAGAAGACCUUUUAAGCGUACUUGAAGAUGAGCUUAGCAUUGGCUACAAGGAGGCAGCGCAAGCACUGCUAUACCGACCAGAAGUGUACGACUCAAAGUCACUUCAUGAAGCAAUAAAAGAUAAUGAUAAUGACACACUCACUGAGAUUAUAUGCUCAAGGAAAGCUUAUGAAAUUGAAAAGAUAAAAGAGGAAUAUGAGGAUGAGUUCUGCCAUUCUUUGGAGCAUGACUUAUUGGGCAUAGAUGACAAGGAUUUGUGUGAACUCUUAAUCAAAUUUUGUACAGUAAACAUAGAUGGAGAACGUUCUAAAGCAGAUAGAGUGGUUGCACAAGAAAGGGCGAUACGACUUCAAAGUUACGGUGAUCUUGUUGAAUUACUGUGUGAACCAUUAGGGAGGAACCAACUUAAAGCAACAUUUGAAGAAUUUGAGACUCUCUACUUCCAAACAAUGGACAGAUAUAUUGAUAAUGAAUACAAGGAUAAGUCAGUGGACUUUCAGAAGGCACUGAAGGCGUAUGUUUGCUGUACAAUAAGCCCUCCAACAUUCUUUUCCAUGGCAAUGACCAAAGCCUUAGAUAAACUAAGUCGACAUAAAGACCUAUUAAGAAUAGUAGUGACCAGAUCAGAGACUGAUCUGUACUACAUCAUGAAGGAAUUCCUCAGUUCAAACUCUAUUCAACUAACCAAGGCCAUAAGCAAGAAAUUAAUGCGAUGGUAUGUGCAACCUCUUAAAAUAAUCCUGGAGAUACGUGGCCAGUACAAAGAAUCAGCCAUUAGAAUGUAGUACAAGAAAAAUAAGAAAUAAUAAUGACAGGUAGUAUCUAAUUAUAAAAAAUGACAUGCACUAUCUGUAAAUUCAGAUGGAAAAUUAUAAUGAAACAAUAAUUGACCUUUUAGAUUAAUAUAUUUAUAGCCCAAGUAUCAGGCUCUCUCGAAGGGGUUUGGCUCCACCCCAAACCCCUUCAAGAGAGCGUGAUACUCAGGCUAAUAUAUUUAGAAAACAAUAACUAAAUAAUUAUUAAAUAAGCAAACAUCUCUAAUUAUCUCUAAUUACUUCAGGUUUGUUAUUUGUGAAAUGUAAUGUCUAAUAUAAUUUAUUAUCACAUUAACUUAUUUCAUUCGACAUUUGUAACGCCAUAAAUUGUAUGCAUUACAUUAUUGUUCAAGUAUUCCAGAAAUACAUGUCAGGACAUGAAUCUCAUCUUCAUUUUCAAACCAUUUUAAACCCUCAAAAUUGUCUUAUCCACUUUAAUUGCUUAACAUAAUAAGGAUAUUGUGUAGUAUUCAAUGUUACACACGUUUCAUACUAAUUGAAACAUAGACAAAAAGAUAACAUCUUGAAAGAACAAUUUUCYCAAGUAACUUUUAAAAAAACACAACAGAAUAUAUUCAAAAAUAUUUCGACAGUUAACAGUCAGUGGACAAGGUUUAUAAUYUCUGCCUUUUCWUUGAAACUCAGUGGUUGAGCUUACAUUAAUGAUAGAUAGAGCAGACUUUGUAUGACUGUAUAACAUCGCAGCACCUUGCCUGGUGUUAGUACCAAUUAAAAAUACUAUACUCACAAACGAAUACAACACCAUUCCUGCAAAAGUCACACAAAAUCUGCUAUAUAUUUGGAAUGAGUGUAUAGAACCUAAAACAAUGUCUCAUGUUGAAGCAACAGAAGAGAAUCUCCUUUGAAGAUGAUGCUGGAAAUGAGAAGUAUUCAUGAUUUUCAUCAAUAUUGUAAAUACAAUUAUUUGGUAAUAUAAUACAUAGUGGUCUUGUAAAUAUCGGUUGCUGGAAUAAACUAUUCAAGUUCUGUA